GACAAAUAAGUUUACCCCAACUCUCAAACUCUCACAUCAAUUUUACAACAACUUUACAACACAACACGUCAAGAGAAAACCUUGUGUCUAACCUACCUUGUAACUACCACCUUCAUAAAUAAUCAAGUCAUGGGAGGAGGAGCUAAUUUACCUCCCCAGUCAAACGACUCAAAAUCAGCUGUCGAACUUCUCAUUCUCGGAGCGGGAUGGACUUCAACUUUCCUCAUCCCCCUUCUUCAACAGAAAGGAAUUAAGUACGCCGCUACUACUACUACUGGUCGUGAUGGGACUUGUAAAUUUCGAUUCAAUCCAGAAGAUGACACUGAUACCCAAAAACAAAUGCUUGACCUUCCAGCGGCUCAAAGUAUAUUGAUUACGUUCCCUCUAAAAGGAAAGGGACAAGCAAAAUCUCUUGUGAAAUUUUAUCACGAUACACACUCUUUGGAAGCCUUCGAAAAUUAUACAUCGCCUUCAUUUCAAUUUAUUCAAUUGGGGAGCUCAGGAAUUUUCACUAUCCCAGGUCAAGAUACAUGGGUCACACGUCAUUCAUUGUAUGAUACUGCUGAUGAUCGAGCUAUCGCUGAAGACGAACUUCUCGGAUUGGGUGGAUGUGUCCUGAAUUUGAGUGGAUUAUGGGGUGGCGAAAGAAACCCAAAGUAUUGGAUUGAACGAGUAGCUGCUUCAAAAGUGAUGCUGAGUGGUAAAAAAAGUUUACAUAUGGUACACGGUCUUGAUGUGUCGAGAGGGGUGGUAGGAGUGAUUGGAAAUUGGGAAAAGGCAAGAGGCCAAAGAUUCAUAUUGACUGAUUUGAUGGUUUAUGAUUGGUGGUCAUUAAUCUUGGGCUAUGCAGGUGAAUUAGAUGCUGAAAAUGGAGACGGAAAGAUGGAGGGUAGACAAAUAAAAUGGAUUGGUGAGCUAAUGAAGGAACAUGAUGUCAAAGCUUUACCAAGGUCAAUGGAUGACUUGGGAAGGUGUUAUGACUCUAGGGAGUUCUGGGAAACUUUUGAUGUGAUGCCUGUGAGAUCGAGGAUAUGAUUCGGAUAGUAGCUGGAAUGAAGACGUUUGGUAUCUUGCUAGCAUCCACAAUACAUACAAAAGCAUACCCCAUCGCCAUUCAAACUGUGAAUGUAGAGCGAGACAGGCACGGAAGGAAAUCUUAUCGAUCUCGAUAAAUUAUUCGUUAUGGAAAGCCUUGCAAAGUUGCAAGGAAAUGAUAGAAUAAAAGGAGUCUUAAUAAUGACAGAAUUUGUCA